AUGGCAGGAAAACUGGCAAAUGUCGAAGCAGAAAUGUCCAGAUUGAACAUCAAUAUAUUAGGACUCAGCGAAGUUAGAUGGCCUGGAUCUGGCAUGCAGAAAACAAGCAACACUGUCAUAUGCUACUCUGGAGGCUCAGAUACCAACCAUAGAUAUGGAACGGCCAUUCUUGUAAAUAAUGUAGUUGCUGAAUUAGUUGCAGAGUUUAUACCCUUAAAUGACCGGGUUAUGAUGCUGAAACUGCAAACCUCGCACCGAGCGCUGAAUGUCAUACAAGUAUAUGCGCCAACGAAUGACAAGACGGAUGCAGAAACGGAAGAAUUCUACUCCAAAAUAGAUGAAGCUAUGCGGCUCACAAAGAAAAGAGAACUAACCAUGGUCAUUGGUGACUUUAAUGCAAAAGUCGGAUCCGGUGCAGAAGAUGAUACUGUAAGGCAGUAUGGCCUGGGUAAAAGAAAUACUAGGGGAGAUAGACUCGUCCAGUUCUGCGCCAAAAAUAAUCUCCUUGUCGCUAAUACGUUCUUCAAGCAACAUCCUAGAAGAUUAUACACCUGGAAGUCUCCUGCUGAUGCCAGAGGAAAAAUCUUAAGAAAUCAAAUUGAUUUUAUCCUAAUAGGAACGAAGCUGAGAAAAUAUGUGCAAACAGCAAAAACAUAUCCUGGUGCAGAUAUUAACAGUGACCACAACCCAAUCGUCAUGGACUUCCGAAUGCGAUGUCUUACAAAAAUCAGGAAGGCGAGAACACCACAAAAGAUAGAUAUCAGACAGCUGCAAAAACCAGACAUGCAGACACACGUGAGCUCCAAACUCGAGGAUGAACUGAAGAAAAUUUAG